AUGCAGUUGAAACCCGGUGCAGCCGCCUGCGAUCCGACCGAUGUAGUGCAUGGCUGCUGGGAAAAGCUGGUUACAUUUUAUCGCAUUUUUAGCCAUGCCGAGAAGCACGAGGUCACAAGAUCGAAAUACGCGACAGCCAGGAUCUGAUCGUUUCCUUGUUAGCAGGCCUGCGGAGGCAACAGUUUGUCGUCAGCCACACAGGCCACAGGAGCCUGCUAGGCUCUCCGAGCUCCAAUCGAGGCUUGUAGGCAUUCCUGGCAUGAAAGAUGGCCGUUCGACAGGAACCUUGAUGUCAGAGAAAUGCACCCCGCAGUGUUGGACUUGCCGCCUUGGUGCUGAGGUUCCAUCUCGCAGCCAAUCGUGAUGGUUGCCGGGAGCUCAAGCAACCAAGGCAGCCACAUGCAACAGGGAUCAGACGCCUCCGCAACGUCAACAUACUAUGUGUACUGGAGCUUAGUGACGACACCACU